CGGCCCGGCAGCGCCUCCUCCCGCCCCCCCCGCGCCAGGCGGAGCCGGAGCCGGAGCGGAGCCGGUGCCGGGGCGGCUCAUUGCGGCGCGGCGCGGCGGCAGCAUGGCCACCACCGUGCCCUGCACCCGCUUCACCGACGAGUACCAGCUCUACGAGGAGAUCGGCAAGGGGGCUUUCUCGGUGGUCCGGCGCUGCGUCAAGCUCUGCACUGGCCAUGAGUACGCCGCCAAGAUCAUCAACACCAAAAAGCUCUCUGCCAGAGACCACCAGAAGCUGGAGCGGGAGGCCCGCAUCUGCCGGCUGCUGAAGCACUCCAACAUCGUGCGGCUCCAUGACAGCAUCUCAGAGGAGGGUUUCCAUUACCUCGUCUUCGACCUGGUGACCGGCGGCGAGCUCUUUGAGGACAUCGUGGCACGGGAGUACUACAGCGAAGCUGAUGCCAGCCACUGCAUCCAGCAGAUCCUGGAGGCCGUCCUCCACUGUCACCAAAUGGGGGUCGUCCACAGGGACCCUCAAGGUGACCCGGAGAACCUGCUCCUGGCCAGCAAGUGCAAAGGGGCAGCGGUGAAGCUGGCAGACUUCGGCCUCGCCAUCGAGGUGCAGGGGAUCAGCAGGCCUGGUUCGGCUUUGCGGGGAACGCCGGGCUACCUCUCCCCCGAAGUCCUGCGCAAAGAGGCCUAUGGCAAACCCGUGGACAUCUGGGCAUGUGGUGUCAUCCUGUACAUCUUGCUGGUGGGGUACCCCCCAUUUUGGGAUGAGGACCAGCACAAACUCUACCAACAGAUCAAGGCUGGUGCCUAUGACUUCCCUUCGCCUGAGUGGGACACGGUCACACCCGAAGCGAAAAACCUCAUCAACCAGAUGCUGACCAUCAACCCUGCCAAGCGCAUCACAGCCCACGAAGCCCUCAAGCACCCGUGGGUCUGCCAACGCUCGACCGUGGCCUCCAUGAUGCACAGGCAGGAGACGGUAGAAUGUCUGAAAAAGUUCAACGCCCGGAGGAAGCUCAAGGGCGCCAUCCUCACCACCAUGUUGGCCACCAGGAACUUCUCAGUGGGCAGACAGACCACCGCUCCUCCGACAUCGGCGGCCGCCGCCGGGGCCCCCCUGGGGCUGGUGGAACAAGCAGCUAAGAGCUUACUGAACAAGAAGGCAGACGGCGUGAAGCCCCAGACCAACAGCACCAAAGGCAGCGCCGGUGUCACCAGCCCCAAGGGGGACACUCCCACCCUGCCGCGCUGGUAGGUGCCCCCCACCCUGUCAUCCCCCCUCCUGGCCACAUCCAUCCCACCAUCCCAUCCCAUCCAUCGCCAUGCGCCCACACCCCCCCCCGGCCCUGGCCUCGUCUGUCUGUCUGUCCAGCUGUCCCUGGGGUUGCUGGAGAUGGGGGGUGUCCUGAGGAUGGAGGGGGGGUGCAGGAUGCAGGCAGGAUGCCCCUCGCAGGGACGGCAGGUGGGUGCAGGAUGGGUGCAGGGGGGUGCAUGUUAUGGGUGUGGCGGUGCCCCGUGCUGCGGAUCAUGCGGUGGGUGCAGGAUACUGGCCCAGGGAUGGGGCUGCUGACUGUGAUCCUGCGGUGAGGUAAGUGCAGGAUGCGGCACAGGGCUGCCAGGCUGGUGCAGCGGGUGCAGGACGUGGGGAUGCCCUGGCAAUGCAGACAGCAAGGUGGGUGCAGGAUGCGGGCACGGGGGUGCCCACCGCCACCCAGCUGGCACAGCGGGUGCGGGGUACGGGCACGAGCGUGUCUGGCGGGUGCCGUGAGCACAGGAUACAGGCGCAGGGAUGCCCAGCGGGCACAGUGAGCGCAGGGUACAGCCGUGGGAAUGUGUGGUGGGUACAGCAAGUGCAGGAUCUGGGUGCAGAGGUGCUUGGCUGGCGCAGUGCGUGCAGGACACGGGCAUGCGGGUGCCCAGCUGGAGCACUAAGUGCAGGAUAUGGGCACAAUGAUGCCCAGCUGGUGGACACAGGCACGGGGGUGUGCAGCCGGCACAAGCAAGUGCAGGACACGGGCACCGGGGUGCCCAGCGAGUGUGGGACACUGUGGGUGAGUAAAGGGGUAUCCAGCCCAUGGAGCGAGUGCGGGACACGGCAGAGGGAUGCUCGGCUGGCACAGUGAGUGGAGUUCACGGGCACAGGGAUGCCCGGUCAGCACAGCAGAUGCAGGACACGGGCACGGGACUGCCCUCUACAACCCAGCCGGCUUUCCCUCGGCUGUCUCGCUGCGCCUCUCUCCCUGCUCUCUGCCCCCUUCCCCGCCUCUCCCACCUCCGUCUUUCUGUGAAUUAAACCAUUUGGCUUUUGCUGGACCUAAUGACUCUCUGCUUCUCUCCCCCCCCUCUGCCCCUCCCCGAAUCCGGUCUGGGUCUCUCUUCGCCCCCCGUCGCGUGCUGCUCGCUCCGUCGUCCUCCCCCUCCGUUGUCCCCCUCCCUGGGCUCUUGCUUCGUCCCCCCCCCCCCCCCGCCUCUGUCUCUCUCCCUUCUCCCAUAGGAGCCUCAAACUACUGUAAUUCAUAACCCUGCGGACGGCAUAAAGGUAUUGCUGCCUCCCUUCCCUUCGCGCCUCGCCGCGUUCGUUAGCCCUCGGGUCGUUUGGGGCCCCGCUUUCCGCCUCCAUCCUCCCCCCAGCAUCAGCCAUGGCGCAGGGUGGGGAGGGGGCUGACGUGGCGCUGGAGCGGAUGAGGAGCGCGCACGGGGCGCAGUGAUGGUGGGGGCUCCCCCCCACGGCGUCCGCCAUCGCCGGGGUCCUGCUGAGCCCCGGCCGGGCUCACACCCGCCGCCCCCGGCUGGGCCCGAUUCUGACCCUCUCUGUUUGUGUCUCUCCCCCUGCACCGUCGCUGUCCUGCUGGCAGGAGUCGUCCGAUAGCACCAACACCACCAUCGAGGACGAGGACACAAAAGGUGACGGAAGGGCUGCGGAGCAGGGCUAGCACUGGGAUGCAGUGGGAGGGUGCUGGAAUGUGCUGGGAUGCACUAGGAUGGCACUGGGAUGCACUGGGAGGGUGCUAGAAUGCACUGGGAUGGAGCUGGAAUGCACUGGGAUGGCACUGGGGUGCACUGGGAGCGUGCUGGAAUAGAGCUGGGAUGCACUGGGACAUGCACUGGAAGGGUGCUGGAAUGCACUAGGAUGGAGCUGGGAUGCACUGGGAGGGUGCUAGAAUGCACUGGGAUGGAGCUGGAAUGCACUGGGAUGGCACUGGGGUGCACUGGGAGCGUGCUGGAAUAGAGCUGGGAUGCACUGGGACAUGCACUGGAAGGGUGCUGGAAUGCACUAGGAUGGAGCUGGGAUGCACUGGGAUUUCACCAGGAUCCACUGAGAUGGCACUGAGAUGCAAUUUGACGAAACUGGGAUGGCGCUAGGGUGGCAGUAGAAUGCAUUGGGGUGUACUGGAAUGGCACUGGAUGGCACCAGGAUGCAUUGGGAUGGUGCUGGGAUGCAUUGGGGUGCACUGAGAGGUCACUGGGAUGCACUGGGACAGCACUGGGAUGAAGCUGGGAUGCACUGGGAUGGCACCAGGAUGCAUUGGGGUGCACUGGGAUGCACUGAGAUGGCACUGGGAUGCAAUUUGAUGGCACUGA